ACACGCUCUGCCUGCCCGCUGUUUGCCUUGGCCCCCCCACGCUGCCGGCCAAAUGCUGGGAAAGGGCUCUUGGAGGCUUCACACCCUCUCCUCGGCUCCUCUCCAGGCUCAGCAAACAGAGAACAAGUGGCACCUUGGCAGCCAGGGCAGCCCCAGCCUCCUCCCACCCACCUGGGGCCACUAUAAAUCCCCCCGGCUCCAGCUGGCAAAGGGACAGGAGACGCUCGGCGAGGGAGGGCGAGAUGGACGGCAGCUCCAAAGAGGCGCUGAUGGAGGAGGCACCUCCGAGGUACACGGCCUCUCCCCGCCUGCCCUGCAUCCCCCACCAGCUCAAGUGCCUCCUGAUCGUGGUGGUGGUGGUGGUCAUCCUCGUGGUGGUCAUCGUCGCCUUCCUCCUCCUGGGGCUGCACAUCACUGAGACACACGCCGAAACGGUCUUGCGAAUGACCAUCCAUGGCCUGGAUGGCGAAGGGACCCCCCAGCACCUCUCCAUGAGCAAGAAGGAAAGGACGGGGAUGUUUGCCGUGCGGGAUGGCCUCAACGCCUCCGCCAUGGUGGUGUACGACUACAGCAAGCUGCUGGUCAGCUACAGGUCCUGGCGUCACCGCGCCUGCUACAUCACCCACAUGGACAAGGACAACAUCCCAGGGCUGGACACCGUCACCGAGACCUUCCAGCGCCGGCAGGCUGAGAUGAAGGAGGCUGGGGAUAACACUGUGCCCCUGGCCGACCGCUCCAUCCUGGGCACCACCGUUAACAUCCUCUGCAGCACCGUCCCUGUCUACUGGGCGUAGCGCGGGCUGGGGUCGGCACCCAGGGGGACGGGACAGCGAGAUGGGGAUGCCACUGUCCCCAUGCUGCCCGCGUUGCCUUCCAGGCGGGAUGCCAGCAGGACAGUGCCAGGGCAUCUCUCCUCCUCCAGAGCUCCAUCGCGCAUGCGGC